GGCCGCACUGACACCAAAUGCGCUCGACGCGAAAGCCCGAUUGAAAUAGAAAAGUCGACAAUUGGGACACGAAAUUGGAACCCGCGCAGGAAAGCGGAGCAGAACGUUCUUCAGGGCGAGAGAGUCGUCGGCCCAGAAGUGCAGGCCGAGGGGCGAGGGGCGAGGGGCGAGGGGCGAGGAGGUCUCUGAGAAAACUGUAGAAGUCUCGGUGGAUUCGGUUCCGGUGCGCACUGUGGAUUGUAGUCAUCUUCAACGGAAUGAAUGAUGCACGUCCGAGCAGUGGAGUGCUAUGUUGUGCCUGAAUUGGUGGGAUCUGUUUAUCUGAGCACUGUCAGUUUGUGACGAGAGGGAGAGGGAGAGGGAGAAGGAGUGCGACGGAGAGCGACGAGGGAAGGAAGGGAGGAAGGAAGAGCGCAGAGGAGGUUUCAGCUUCUGCGCAGGGCCGGCGUAAUCAAUCUGCAGAAUUCUCGGAGGGGAUUGUUCCGGGGUCAAAAAAUGAGCGCAGGUGCUGUAGGAAGUUCGUGUUGUCGGCAGGAAGCAUCUCGGGAAGGAAGGAGGGAGCGAGGGAGGGAGGCGUUGACGAGCAUCAUCUGAUUAUUAUGUACACGACGAUAAUGGGAGAAGGAAUCCUCGUCACGGGCUUGGGUCUUGGUGAAAUGCAGCGGGCGUUUGUUCGUUGUUGUUGACAGCGUUUGUGGAGUUGGGAGAUUUGGGGACGAAUGGAGCCGAGACUGGUAUGUAUGGUGGCCUGCGAUUGAGUGGUGAGGGAUCGGACGAAUCUGGCUCCGGCAGGAGACAUGAUUUUCGAUGCUCGGUCUGUUUGCAACGAUGGCCGGCCAGCGGAACGAGCAAGGGCAGUGGUCUGUUGUGUAAGCGUAGAAACAGCAGCAGCAGCAGAGUGAUAGAUUAAGGAAGGCUACAGAAUGCAGCUCUAUGUGCAGGUUGUGGAGGCCCGGAAUCUCAUUGCCAAGGAUCCGAAUGGGUUCAGCGACCCCUUCGUGAGGCUAGCUCUCGGCGCCACCAAGUCUAGGACUGUGGUCGUGCACAAGAAUUUGAAUCCCUCAUGGCAUGAAGAAUUUUUCUUCAAUGUCUCGGAUCUGGACGACGAGCUCAAAGUGACCGUGUGGGAUCAGGAUAGAUUCUCGGACGAUUUUCUCGGCCAGAUGAAGAUUCCAGUCUCGCAGGUCUUGAAUGCCGACAAGCAGACCCUCUCCAACAAGUGGUUCCCCCUCCAAAAGCGCAGCGAGAAGUCGAAGAACGAUGUUUCAGGAGAAAUAAAACUAGAGGUGUCUUUGAUCGGUCGCAAAUUCAAUAAUGAUUUGGAAACGCAGCCAUCUCGAGGAUCAGCGAGAGUGAGUCCGUCCGCAAUGUCUCCACCACGCAUGAGCCUCGAUAAUAGGUUCUCUUCCGGGAGGACAAGCGUCGAUGAUGCGUCCAGCGUCCAUCGCUCGAGUUCCACAGCUUCUUCUGAGGCCGGAGAUAUGGUCGGAGAUCUCGAUACUGUUCCGCUCUUGCAAUCGGAGUCGCCUCGAAUUCGAGGGCCGACUGUGAUGAACCCUGACUCUCCUCUGGUGCGAGAGGCCGCUGAUUUGGACAAGAGUCUGAGAAAGUCUCUAUCAAACAACCCUCUAGCCGGGAAAUUCUCGUCCAUAUUUCACAAUCGACGCCGCAGGUCGAAGAAAUACUCAACAAUCUCUCCUUCUUCUUCUGUGAGCUCCUCCACAUCUGCCUCUCUGAUUUCGGGCGCCACCACUCCCACCGAAUCCAGUAUGUUGGGAGAUCACAGCAGCGAGAGUGGCGACGAGGAUGAGGAGCUGGUGCCGCUCUCUUUCUUCCAGGACGACGAGAAAAGCGUCGGUGAAUCUCCGGAGGAUUUGCCACCGCCACUGCCGCAAGGCAUUCUGUUGGACCAGCCCUACGCAGUGAGCAUGAAGGAGAUGAAUGCCCUCAUUUUCAAACCAGAGUCGCCUUUCAUAAAGCAAUUGGGUGAAGUGCAGAAAACCACGGAGUACAUUGAGAAUCCAUGGAAGAAAUGUGGCAGCGAUCCGAUGAAGAGAACGAUCAGUUACAGGAAAGCUCCGACCGCGUUGGUCAGUGCGGUGGUUGCAGCUGAGGAGCAAACAUACCUGAGAGCAGACGACAAGGGGUUUGCUGUUCUGUGCGUUGUGGCCACUCCCGACGUUCCUUAUGGCAAGUGUUUUUUGUGUGAAGUGCUAUUUGUGAUCACCCCAGGUCUUCCAACAGAGACUGGCGAGAAAACCUGUAAUUUACAAAUCUCUUGGCGAUUGAAUUUUGUACAAAGCACGAUGGCCUCUGGCUUCAUUGUCAAGGGAGCUAAUGGAGGUCUCAAAGAGAGUUUUGCUGUUUUCGCCGAGGUGAUGUCGCAGUCUGCGAAGCCUCUCGAUGGAAGUGUCGGGAAGGUGGUGAGUUUGGGGUCCGAUGUGAUACCGAGGACCGACUGGCAACUUGCCAAAGAGUAUUUUGGCAACUACACAGUGUUAUUGACAGUGCUUGGUCUCCUGUUCGUCCUCCUCCACAUCUUCCUGUCCAAGACGAGGGCAAGACAAGGGCUGGAGUUCUGGGGCGUGGACUUGCCUGACUCUCUGGGAGAGUUGUUGAUUUGUGCCCUCAUCACCCGUCAAGUCGAGCGGGUGGGAAGGAUGGGGCAGAAGUUCUUACUGGCCAGAUUGAAAGCUAAUGAUCACGGAGUAAAAGCGCAGGGUGAUGGGUGGUUACUCACCAUCGCUUUGGUGGAAGCAGAGAACCUUUACUCCCUUGACACAGAUAAUUCUUGUGACCCGUAUGUUGUCUUUACCUGCAAUGGGAAGAUCCGCACCAGCUCGGUUAUACUAGGAAGUUGUAAACCCCAGUGGAAAGAGGUGUACGAGUUUGAUGCAACAGAAGACCCUCCUUCAACUCUAGAUAUAGAGGUUUUUGAUUAUGAUGGUCCUUUCUCUCAAGCUGAGUCUCUGGGCCACGCGUCUAUCAACUUCCUGAAGACAAAGGAAGGAGAACUUUCUGAUAUGUGGCUGCCCUUGGUGGGGAAAAUGGCAACAGUUCACGGUUGUAAGAUUCACUUGCGGGUUGUGCUGACGAAUACCAAGGAUGUUGACUUCACUAAACAAGAGUAUAUGGGGAAGGUUGAGAAAGAAGCAAAUACCAAGCUAGUCAAACGCUCACCAAAGCUGAACAGUCAGUUUCAGAAGCUGUUCGCCUUGCCUUCGGAAGAGUUUCUUAUCAACGACUACGCAUGUGCUAUCAAGAAGAAGAUCCCGAUUCAAGGACGUCUUUUUCUUUCACCUCGUCAGCUGGGAUUUUAUUCCAACUUGUUUGGACAUAAAACCAAGUUCAGUUUUCUGUGGGAGGAUAUUGAGGAAAUCAAAGAAGUUGCUCCAUCUCGCGGAGUUUUACUGUACCCGUCGAUCACUAUUACGCUGAGGAAGGACAGAGGUCAUGAUGCGCGUUCAGGUUCUAAAGGAGUUGAUUAUAAAGGCCGUCUGAGAUUCCAGUUCCUUUCUUUUGUGAAACCUGGGCCUGCAUUCAGGACGAUAAUUGCUUUGUGGAAAAAUAGGACACUCAGUGUCGAGCAACAGAUGGACCUGAUAGCUAGUGUAGAGGCAGGAGAUGGUAUGAAAUACGCUGUGGCGGAUCGGCAGAGGCAAGUUGACGAGAAUCAGGCCUUCUUAGGAGUUGAAGACGCUCACAUGUCUGAACUGGCCAGCAUGGACUCAUCUUUAACUGUUAAGCAACUUCACUAUCUGCUCGAGAAGGGCGAGCUUGAUAAACACGUUAUGCAAUUGUUUGGUGUGAACAAUUACAAGAGUAGUCACUGGGAGAUGGUUGGUGAUGACCCGAAGGUGACAAGGCGACAAGUGAGCUACACUUUAAAUCGACAGCAGUGUCGUUUUGGCAGCGCAGUUACCAGUAUACAACAAAAAACAAUAUCCGAUGACACAAAGACCGGGUUAAUCGAGGAGGUGAUGACUUUGCAUGAUGUGCCGUUCGGUGAUCACUUUCAGGUUCAAGUGCGCAAAGAGAUUGAAACUACAUCAGAUGAGCCCCCUGUCACCCAUUGUAAAAUCUACGCUGGAGUAGCUUGGCAUAAAAGUGCUGGGUUUCAGAAAAAGAUCACGAAGAAUAUUCUUCGGUAUAUGACCCAGUUUUUGAAAGACUAUUCUGAGCUGGUAAAAAAGGUAGCGUCUGUUGCUCCUCCAGAAGUAAUGGAUUGAGAAGAAGACACUGCACCCACAUGCAAGCAGACACGUCGUUACCAGCAUCAGUUCAAAUCUCUGCUAUGGGAGAGAUACUGCCCUUGGAGUUGAAAAUCUGUUCUCUUUCCCCUGCUUGUUCUGUGCCGAAGGCAGAGUUUCCCUUUCUAAGUAUAUAAUCACAAGUGGGGGUUAGACCUUGUCAGCUGUUCAAUCUUAAAGACAGAACCCGGGGGACCUUAGUUGCCAUGCAAAAAUGCUGCCGCUGGGAGGGACGGUUAGGGAGGCGUAUGGGGUGAACACUUGCCGCUAUACUGAAGGAUGUCGCCAGUAUAGAACCAAGAGGUUAGUGAUGAAUGAAAUCUCAGUUCGGACGAGCUAUUCUGGGACAAAGAAAUUUGUUCUCCCCUUUAGUUGUAGGAAAAUCCAUUUACCAGAUAUCAGUAGACAACUCAUUCUUUUAUUUAAAAAGAUAAAUCAUCACGAUUUUUCUGUGUAGCCUCUUUGUAACAUAUGUUCUCUCGAGGUAGAAAUGUCAUCAAUAGAAGGCAGAAGAAAAGACGGAUCAUAGACAAAGCCUGAAGUUCGAAGUGAUAGAUAAAAUAAUAAAAGAUGAAAAACUUCCGUUAGUUUGAUCAGGUCGGAAUCAAACUGGGAAGCCAUAUAUCUAUGUACACCACAUUGUGUUUCUGAGCUGUAAAUCUAAUCCAGUUCACAUUCUGGAUGUAGAAACUUUCACGAAGAAUACGCUGUACCUUUCAGCGGCUUUCUUUCACUUCUGUAAUUUACGGUCGUAGCAUUGAUGUAUGAAGCACAAACGAUAUAGAAAAGCU